AUGGCUCCGCCGCCAGCUGAAAAGCGCCGAACUGCGUGGGCGCAUCAAGCUCUGAAGACUUGCAGCUUUGAUGAAAGAGCACUGAAACUGCUGAGUGCCAGCUCGCCCCUCAUCACUGAAGGCCCCGGAAAGGAUCCCACUGACCUUAGUCACGUGAAGUCGUCCAAAUACCGACAGAGGAAAUUUUUGCGGAACUUCAACAAGCAGGAUCGACUCAUCAAUGAUUUUUCCUGUGCCCUCGUCAGCGACAUUCUCCUCCAAGGCCACCUUUACAUUUCGGAGAACUAUUUUGCUUUCCACUCGAAUGUAUUCGGGUACAUAACAAAGUUGCUGAUCCCGCUGUCAAGCGUCGAGCGCGUGACGAAGGAGAAAACAGCGAAGAUCAUCCCGAAUGCCGUCGGCGUGGUCACUUUUACACACAAGUACGUCUUCGGAUCUCUGCUCUCUCGUGACACCACGUUCGGGAUCAUGACGCGCGUUUGGAAGCAGCACACGCCGCAAGAGCCAACAGAAGCCAUCGCCAUACAAGCGCCGAUUGCGGAAGAUGAUUCCGGAAGCGGGGGACUGAAUGGCGAAGAGGAAGAAGAAGAGGUCAACGGCGAAGACAGUUCUUCGGGCGGCGGACCGGCCGACUUGAGCGCCGCCGAGAACGAAACCACGUGUGAACCCGACGGCGUGAUCUCAGGCACUACGGCGCCUCAUCCGGACGCCGCGGCGCCAUUUCGCAGCAGCAGUGCUACCGGCAUGCACCAGCACCAACCCUUACACCACUCGCACCACAUUCACCACCACCACCAGCACGGCAUGAUCGGCAAGAGCGCCGCCUUCGUCAAAGGACUGUAUUCGAAGGCCAUGCAUCGUGGAGACGGGGACACGGCGCCGCACACGGGAUCCCAAGGUUUGCUGGCGUCCAUCGCCUGUGUUCCCAAAAUCACCAUCCUUUUGUCAAUCGCCACGAUCCUGCUCAUACUGCUUUUCGUCGCCGCGGGAUUCAUGAUUUUGCGCAUCAGCAAUGUGCAAGAACAGCUUUUGAUGUCCAGAGCCGUUCCUCGCAACAAAAUGGAAAUUUACCAAGAAGUUGCGAGGUGGCAAAAGGAACUGCAUUCGUCAUUGGCCUCCGAAGUUCAGCUAACGGUUGAAAAACAUCUCUCCAACAUAGCUCAGGUGAGAGCGUCAUUAGAUGCUCUAUACACACUGUUCCCUGUGACGGGAGAAGGUCUGCAGUCUACGUCAGAGCCAGAAAAAACCUCUAGAUGAUCAGGAAGAUGAACCUGCGAUUCGUGAAAGUGUACUUCGUUUCCCGAAAUCGGCAUGCAUGCGAUUGGCUCGUCCCGAUUCCGAGCCUGCGGUGAUUUCAGACCUUGAUUUUCUUGGGAGUUUCGCAUGGGAUUUUUUUUUUUUUGCUGAUCAUUGGAUUAUUUGGUAUGAAGAGCUUUGACUGUUGAAAGAAACAGCGUUUCUAAAAUGGGGUGUUGUGGUCAAGUGACGGAGGAAGGGAAGGAAUUAUUGUGAUUUUCAGAUGACGGUUUUUGAUCGUGUGUCGCGUAUUUUCUGGCGCGGUUGGAGUUUCAACUUGCCCUUCCGCCAGACGUGUUUAGCACAAGUAGAACGCAGGAUCCUAUUUUAGUGAAAUUAUUUUCUCGUGAAACUGACCCCGAAAAUUAUGCAUCAAUUAUAAUGUACCUACCACCUUUCUUCAUUUAAUGCGACGAGACAUUGCUGAGGAUUUGAAACGAAAAAAAUUCACUCUCUAUCCUGAUAUGUUUGCCCACCCGAAGCCAUAAUGAGAUGAACAGCUUCUCAUUGCAGAGAGAAACGUAUACCUCAGCCAUUCAAAAGGUUGUUCGAUAUUCGGUAAUGAGAUUUACUUGCAUUCGAAUUUUGAUUACAUUCCUGUGAUAAGAUGACCUGGGAUGAUUUGCCAUGAUCACUGACAAAUCAAGAACAGUAUCUGUUGACAGCCAAAAUCGGUACGAUAUCUUUUGGGUUUGAUAUGAUGGUUUGACCCAGAGAUGGAUUGUUUCGCAUGCUUCACCAUGCUUCCAACGGAAAGAAUCUACUAGUAGCAAUGGGAGGCUGUUAAUAGGACUUUCUUCGCUCUUCUCUUGGGAUUAGCACCAAGGAAGUUCCUGGACAGAAUAACAUGCUGGCGUGGUUCGUGAUGUUGUUUCAGGAGCACCAUGACGAGUUGAACGUUGCGCGCACAAACGUGUGAACGGUUCGUGGAAUUUUUAUUUUAAAAAUUCAAAGGUUUAGAUGAACUCGUGCACACUCGCAAUUCCCCCUUUUUUUAUUCAAGCAACUUUCGGUCUAUAUUCAGUCAGUGGUUGUCAAUUUUUUUCUCCUGUGGUGUUUGCCAGCAUUGCCUUUGGGUAAUGUGUGCUGGAUGAGAAAUAUAUUGUACUUUAUUUGUUA